AUGCCACGGACAUUAGAGGGGCAGAUCACUAUGGAGAAGACCCCAAGUUACUUUGUAACCCUCGAGGCACCAAAAAGGAUUUACAACAUGUCCAAGGACACCAAACUUAUUGUGGUGGUCAGGAAUCCGGUGACCAGGGCUAUCUCUGAUUACACACAGACUCUCUCUAAAACUCCAUCACUUCCAACCUUUCAAGCUUUGGCCUUUAAAAACACCAGCACGGGCACCAUUGACACUUCCUGGAGUGCCAUAAGAAUUGGCAUCUAUGCUAAGCACUUAGAGAACUGGCUCCAGUACUUCCCUCUUUCCAAAUUCCUUUUUGUCAGCGGGGAAAGACUGGUCAGUGACCCAGCUGGAGAGAUGGAAAGGGUUCAAGACUUUCUGGGGCUAAAGAGGGUGAUAACAGACAAACAUUUCUACUUUAACAAAACCAAGGGCUUUCCGUGCCUGAAAAAACCAGAGGGAAGCAGCAAGCCACGGUGUCUAGGGAAAUCCAAGGGACGGCCACAUCCAGAUAUAGACCAGAGACUCUUGUUACGUCUCCAGGACUUCUAUAGACCGUACAAUAUGAAGUUCUACCAAAUGACCGGCCACGACUUUGGCUGGGGGGGACUAAUGUCUUCCGAAAACAGUUUAUAG